ACAGAGUCACACACGAGUAUACACAUUUCUUUCAUUCAACACAAAAACCACUGUCAUGGUCAAGAAAAUGAAGCUCUCAUUUCUCUCCAAGGCAUGGCCUUCUUGCAAUCAACCAAGAACUCUCUCUUUCCGUGAGUUCAAGACCAUCAAUUCAGCCUAUGUUGUUGAUGCUGUGGACACAACAACAACAACUACUCAUGAUUACUCAAUAUUGUCCACAAAUUCCUUGGAAUCACCUAGUUUUUCAACACUAAUGUCUGAAGAUUCAGGUGGGGAUUGUUCAAUAGAGAGAAUGAUUCAAGGUUUAAGGUCAGAGAGGCUCUUCUUUGAGCCAGGAGAGAGUAAUUCAAUACUAGAAGAGUCAAAGUCAGGUGGGUUUCCAUUUAAACAAAGCUUGGUGAUGUCAAUGGAGUCAGAAGACCCCUAUGUGGAUUUUAGGAAAUCAAUGGAGGAGAUGGUGGAGGCUCAUGGAGUGAAGGAUUGGGAAGGUCUUGAAGAGCUUUUCUGCUGGUAUUUGAGAGUGAAUGGGAAGAACAAUCAUGGUUACAUUGUUGGUGCUUUUGUUGAUUUGCUUGUUUCAAUUUGUAUUCAUGAUUUCUCUAGGGCUCAUAAUUACGUCAAUGUUGUUUCUUCCUCUCCUUCUUCUCCAUUGUCGUUCUGUACUUCAUCUUGUGAUGAUGGUUCCUCUUCUUCUUUAACUCCUUGUAUUUCUUCCAUGGAAGCAGAGAGUACUAGUCAGAACAGAGAGAAAGAUGAUGAUGGUGUUUCAUCUUAAUUAACUCCUUGAUUCUCUUAAUCCUCGAAUAUUUUGUUAUACUUUAAUUGGAAUUUAGUAUGUAACAAUUGAUUAAUUAUAUCUAUGAAAGUACAUUAA